AUGUGUGAAGUAACAUCAUCGAAUUUUUUGGAAUUAUUUCCAUUAAUUAUCGAACAAAUUGAUAAAUCAUGUUUUCUUGCUAUUGAUACAGAAUUUAGUUCAAUUGAUACAAAUCUUUCAAUAAAAACAAUAAAAGAAUUUUAUAAACAACGUUCAAAUUUUGUAAAACAAAUAACGAUAUUUCAAUUUGGUCUUGCAAUAUUUUCUACAACAUCUAUUCAACAUAAAUAUCAUGUUACAAUAUAUAAUUUUUAUCUUAAUCCAACAUCAAUUAAUCCAAUUGAUGUUAAAUAUAUUAUUCAAUCAUCAUCGAUCAAAUUUUUAGCGGAAUAUAAAUUUGAUUUUAAUAAAUGUUUUUAUUCAGGAAUAUCAUUUAUUAAUCAAACACAAGAAAAUAUUUUAUUAAAUCAAAAUCAACCCGAUAAAAAUUAUUCAUUAUCAAUGAAUGAACGACAAUAUUUGAAUAUUUUAUUUGAAAAAAU